UUUCAGGUUUAAUGGGUAUAAAAUCCGAGAUGUAUUUAAAUAUAGGUAAUUGAGCGAAAUCACUGGCUGGAAAGUAAUGGCAUCUAAUGGUUAUCUGAUGGAGAGUGUUGAAUCUAAUGACUCUCAGGAGAGAGCUGGAUCGUUGGUUGACGUAUCAGAAUAUUUCAGCCAUGUGGACGAAUGUCGUGCUUUAACUGAGCAGAUUCCGCUAACAUCUUCAUCUGGUACGCCGAAAGCAAAACUAACGUGUUUUGAUGUCGGCCAUAAUUAUAUCGCAUUUGGAAGUGACCGUGGCACUUUAUUCCUUUUUAAUCGUCGAUUAAAUCGCAGCGCUACCCCCUUACGAACAAAUAUCGAUGACUUGAUCACAUGUGUAAAACUUUUCUCAGGAGAAUAUGAUUUGCUCGCUGCAGGGCAUAAUUCCGGAGGCCUUAUAUUACUGAAUUUCCCAACCGGGAAGCCCGGCUCAACUAGAAGAUUAGAACAAAAUCUUUCAUUUGAUGGACAUAAGGGACAUGCGAUCAGUUGUAUUGCAUGGACAGAAGAUGGCAAAAAAGUAUUUUCUGCCGAUGGCACUGGCGUUGUAGUCGUCACUUCGGUCGAUUUUAUUCAUAAUAUCUUUCAAACAACGUUUGUCUGUCUCGAACAUUCCUGUGUGAUGCAAUUAACUCAUGUCUGCAACCUCCUAGCCCUUUGCACUGUCAAAAGAGUUGCUGUCAUGGAGGAAAAUUUUUUCAAUUCGGUACUGGAAAUCGACCAGCAUCAGCAGAAAGCUGUCGGUAUACAUAUGAUUGCUAAACCUUGUGGAACGGAAUUAUUUGUUCUUCAUUCAGAUGGUCUCAUCAUUAUUUACGAUAUUUCCUGUGGUAGGAAGAAAGGAAGUUUCAGUGUAUCGGAAGAAAUAAUGCAGAAGUUGGACGCAACAGAUUUUUCAAUUGGGCACAGGUCACAACAAUGGCGAUCUUGCAUGUUAACGAUGCAUUCACAAAUUUUCAUAGUUCAUUUCUACAAUUACAUUGUUUUCUUGAAUUUUAAUGACCAGGCUACAACUUUAUCAUCAUUUGAUGUAAACGCUCUUUUCCACGACAGGACAUUUGGAACCUCUGUUUGUGUUGAUCCAAAAUUUCCAUCCCCUAUUAUUUAUGUCCUUGGUCCAGAUAAUCGUGUUUUUUGUCUCUCGUCGAACGAAGUUCCUUCGUAUCUUAAAGAAGCUCACGAAAUACCCAAGGAAUUCACUCCAAAAAAUUUCUUAACCUCUUUUCAAAAAACUACUAAAUUACUGCCGAAUGCGUCAAAGAAUGCAUUUCGGGAUGGCUUGGAAGUGGUAAAGGCGAGGAAUAUUUUCUCUACAUUGCGUAAUUUUCCCAUUCCAGUUUUGAAUGCUAUGCCUGAUUUGAACUCUAUUCUGGAUAAUAGCAGCCGUAAUUUCCUUUGCGAUCAAUCAUCGGAUAGCAGUUCAGAAGAUAAUAAGUUGGUUAUGGAAAUGAAUAAGUCGGGUGUUGCAGUACCUCAUGAAAAGAAUAAUAUUUUGAAACAUUUUGAACAUAUGCAGAUACAACCGGCCAAUAUCAUAGAAAAUGUCAACAAAGUGGCACGAACAUUAGUUGAUAGAGUGGGCGGCUUUGGUACACAGAUCGAAGACGGCUUUCCGGUGCAGUCUAUAUGUGACGCCGGUAUUGUGGACGUGGAAAGAUUAUUGUUUCCAGUUGAACAAGCUGGCAUUCUUCAAGAAAUUAUGGUACGUAGGACGAAGACAGCUUCUGCUAGUAAGCGGAGGAAAACUGAAAAAGUGGAUAAUUUUGAUAGACACAGCUUAAUGGAUUCAACCAAGGAGGAUUUGAGUCCUGUUGAUGAGCAUACGCUGAAAAAUAUUAAAGGAGCACUUACGAUUCCGUUACAAAUUGAUGAAAUGAAUUCCAAGUCUCAGAAUGAUUUCCACGGUGGCAAUAUCGAACAGACUGGCUGUUGUAAAGAGAAUCAAGAAGUGAUUUGGAAUGGUAAAGUGAAUGAUGGUGUUGGUAUGAAAAGUGAAGAGCAUGACUCAGUAACAGGCAUUUUAAUCUCUUAUUUAUUAGCAACUAUUUGGCUGAAUGAACUGAUCUUUAUGGAAUGGAUUAAGCGAACAACAAACAAUACCAUAUGUCGCCCUGAUGAUGAACAACUGAUCAAAGACGUUAUUGUGAUGAAUAACUUCAGCGAUAUUUGGAACGAGAUAAAGCUACCAUAUUCCUGUUCGUCGUUUUCUGUCUCAUCUCAAUAUCUUAUUAUUUGCCAUUCGAAAAAGAAAAGAAGGCCGUGUUACUUGCUUAUUCCAUAUUGCGGCACUCCGCAAUGGAUAAAAUUAAAACAGAAAGCGGAUCAUUUUGUUGUCAAUGAUGAUGGCUCUUUGGUUUGGAAAAUCCUUAAAAAUGUCGCACUUGCACCCAUGGAAAGUGACAAUGGAUCUGAUUCAUUUUUAACAACUCUUCAUUGGAGUGUUGUUGCUGAUGAGGGUGGUGGUAUUAUUGAAGCUGCUCUAACUAGUCGUUCAGCUUGGUACAUAACAAAGUCGGGAGAGGUUUUUGUACAGCUGUGUUUACCGGAAAUGGGCAUUCUCAGUCGGUGUGAAACGUCGGGGCCGUUACAUUCCAUCACUGCAAGUGAGUUGGCAGUUUGGGCGCUACAAGUUGAGUCAGGUCGCCUUGUAGUACGCACUGGACUAAAACAUAGCCCAAUUGGAUUGGAUUGGGUUGAAGUUGUCCCUCAUGGCCCUACACGUCUGAUUAGCAUUUAUUUAUACGGCCAGAGUGGUUGGGCAAUUGAUGCAAAACGUUCACUAUGGUUCACAAAUGGUGUGGGAUAUCAAAGCCCAUUUGGCUGGACAGGAAGCUGGAUGAAAGUUUAUAAUCCGUGGGAUGUUUCACCGGAUAUUAAUCGGUUGUUGGUUCUACCAUGGGUUAUUCGCGUCUCUUCGGCGGGAGUUUUUGUAUGUGUCGACAAGAAGUGUUAUUGGUCAUCUGGCACUAACGUUCUUUCUGGGCAUUGUCUUGAACGCAUUGUAAGAGAUAACCUCUUAGUGGAUAACAAUUUUGAACUAAUAACAGGUGGAAGUUUGAAGGAAGAUUUUGAUUGUUUAACGUUAUGUCGAAUUAACGAAAUAUUUCUUUAUCGAUUGAAAAAUAGCUAUUUUUAUUCUCUACCAGCUUUCCCGUCAUCAUUUAGUUCAAAUGUAAUACAUUUUGCACUUAAAAUAAUUGAAAUAUCAUCUUUUGGCGAGAAUGUAUAUGUGUUGGACAGUUCCGGUUGUAUAUAUGUGAAGGAAAAUAUAAGUACUGUUUCUCCAUUUGGUGUUGAUUGGAAAAUCUUAGAUACAGGCCCUUGCGGUUCACCAAUAAUAUCAUUUACCGUUACAUCGCUUUCAUUGUGGGUAGUUACGGCAACUGGCGAGGCUUGCUUGUAUGUAAAAAGUGAAAAGAAGGAACCACUGGUUGGUACAAACCCUAAAUGGAUUCAUGUGGAAAUUUUGGCAGGUUGUAUAUUCGAUAAGAUUCGUGCAUCCUGUAAUGGAAUGUACGUGUGGGUCUUUUCAAGAAGCAGUGGACGUGCAUGGGCUCGUAAUUCUGUUACGGACGCACUCCCUUCUGGAAAGUCAUGGACAGAGGCAGGCAAUGAACCUGGUGUUUAUGACUUGGCUGUAGGGUGUAAAAUAAUUUGGUCACUUUCCGCUUCUGGACAGCUUCACAGACUUCAAGGUCUUGCAAUCAGUAAUCGAGCUGGGAAUUAUUGGAAGCCUGUUCCACUUUAUCUAAAAACAAUAACUGUUGAUAGAAAAGAAAGGUUAUGGGGAAUAGACAUGAACAGGCGGUUGGCUGAACUGUAUCCUCCCUUCAGUGUUCAUCAGUUGAGGUCCGAUGCAACUUAA